AAUAAGUUUUUUUUGAGUGAGGCAGACAUAGCUCCCAUCCACUGGUUCACUCCCGCCGUGCCCCGCACAGCCUGGCAGGUGUCAGGAGCCAGAAGCGAUCCCGGUCUCCCGUGGGAGUGACAGAAUCCAGACCCUGUUCCGGCAGCAACCUGAGCCGGGGCUCCGACCUAGGCUUGGCCCCUUAGUCCUAUUGAGGGUCAAGGGAUAAGGCUGGGUGCAGACUUUCAAACGCUGGCCUUCCGUACGUCUCAUCCUUAGAGUGUGAAUUUUGUGUGACCUAUACGGUGGGUUCGGCACUGGCGUGUGCCCGGGAAGAUCCGGCCCCGCCCACAGCGCGCCCUGGUUGGAGGAAAGGCCUGGGCGGGCCAUCCGGGAGUCUGUUUCCGCUCUGAGGGCUAAGCCAGGUUUGCAGCUCAUUGGUUCAGCAGAGGUAAUUGAGAGGCUCUGAGCCAAUCAGUGGGCGAGGAGCGCCCCGAGGCGCCUGCCAGUAGGGCUGUCGGUCUGGGGCUGAGAGGAGGGGUCGUCAUGGAGCCGUCAUGGGUACUCCUUAAGUGCUUCGGAGCUCCACUGCGAGCUCGGCGGACGCCUCCGGGGGCAGGGCCACGUCUGCUGCGGGGAUCGCUGCCCUUCGCGGAGCGGCCUGCAGCGGUCCGCCCGCGGCCGAGGGCCGGUUCCCUCCAGCGCGGGCCGUGGGCGCGGCUGCCGUGAGGCGAGCGCCCCGCGAGGGGGCGUCACCGCGCCCGCCAGCGAUUGGCCGGGGCAGGCUGCCGCCGCCAAUGGCCGGCUCUCCCGGCGCGCGGCUCUUGAAUCUGUUUCCCCUGGCGCCGGCCCCUGCCCGGCUGUCUCUUCCAGAAAGCCUUGCCUGAGGCGGCGGAGGGUGCGGGGCCAAGGUGGAGGUCAGCGGCCCGCAUCCCCCGGAAGGCCGGAGACUGCGUGUCCCGCCAGGGCCCCGCCGCGGGGCAGCCAGCACAGGGCGCUGCCGGACAUGGCCGAGGAGCGGCCAGGGGCCUGGUUCGGCUUCGGUUUCUGCGGCUUCGGACAGGCGCUGGGCUGCGGGCGCGGGCGCCAGGUGCACAGCCCGGAGCCGCUGCGGGCGGGCGCCGACGUCUGCUGCGUGAGCGCCGCCUGGAGCUACACGGCCGUCGUGACCCGUGGAGGCCGCGUGGAGCUGUCGGGCUCCGUGAGCGGCGCGGCGGGCGGCUGCAGGGCUGCGUGGGCCACAGAGGGGCUCGUCGCGGUGCUGUGCGGCGGGCCGGGACCCGAAGCCGAGCUGCAGGCCUGGGCGCCCGAGUCGGCGCUGCGCGGGGAGCCCCUCUGGGCCCGGAAGGUGCCGCCGGAGCCCGAGGGAGAAGAUGGGACGCGCGGCGAGGCCCGGGCUGGACCGCUGCCCCUGCUGCCCUGCGCCCGCGCCUACGUGAGCCCGCGGCCGCCGCUUUAUAGACCUCUGGCCCCGGAGCUGCGGGCGCGCAGGCUGGAGCUGGGCGCGGAGCACGUCUUACUGCUGGGUGCCGAGGGCCAGGUGUUCUCCUGGGGCGGAGGCAGGCACGGACAGCUGGGCCACGGGACUCUGGAGGCCGAGCCGGAGCCACGGCCGCUGGAGGCGUUGCAGGGCCUGCGGAUGGCCGAGGUGGCCGCGGGGGGCUGGCACUCCGUGUGUGUGAGUGAGGCUGGGGAUAUCUAUGUGUGGGGCUGGAAUGAAUCAGGGCAGCUGGCCCUGCCCGCCCGGAGCCUGGCAGAGGACAGAAAGGCCGUCGUGGGGAAAGCCACCAGCCCGCAGGAAGAUGGCUGCGAAGCGGGGAGAGCAGCCGCGGGUGAGGACGGAGCCCCCGCGGCCUUCAUAGCCGUGCAGCCCUUCCCAGCCUUGUUGGAUCUCCCACUGGGGGCAGAGGCGGUCAAGGCCAGCUGUGGGUCCCGGCACACGGCCGUGGUGACACGAACAGGCGAGCUCUACACCUGGGGCUGGGGGAAAUACGGACAGCUGGGCCACACGGACGCCGCCAGCGUGGAUCGGCCCUGCCGUGUGGAGUAUUUUGUAAAUGAACAACUCCAAGUAAAGGCUGUCACCUGUGGGCCCUGGAACACCUACGUGUACGCUGAGGCGAGAGGGACGAGCUGAUACACCUGUGUGUGUGUGUGUGUGUGUGUGUGUAUACACAGUUAUAUAGAAAAAUGUGUAAGACAAACGUAUUGUAUAUUUAGAGAUUAAAAACCUGUGGAACUCCCA